UGCUCUCUUUGCUCCACAGAUCCCCCCCUACCAAGCACACUUUGUUGUGUGGCGUUUUUGGAAAACCGCAGUUUGCUCUCACUCCAAUGUGCAUGUUACAGGUAUGAUUAAUGGCACGGAGCUAUGAAUAUGAAAGGAAUCUCUGCUCUGUUAUUUGACACCUGGACCGCGUGGGAUUAGCUGCACAUGGACAUCUACACAGAAGUAAAUGGAUUGUCACUCGGUGCUGGUGGGAGAUUAAUUUGACAAGUGCGCUGCAUCCUUGUCGGGCUAUGAUUCAUUUUGGGAAUAUCUGACAUCGCAAUACUAUCCGUCCUCGCGAGAACCAUGCUUUUCAAAAUCCUUGCAUUAAUUAUCUUACAAGGCGUUUUGACGUCUGACGCCUCGGUGACAUCCGAGGUCAACCCAGCGCGUCUCCCAGAUGCCAGCAGGGCGUUUGGAACCGGGAGCUCCGCAGGUUUACAGCUGUCUGAUGCAACGGAGGCAAAGUCCAGACCGAAGCGCUGUACCUGUUAUUCUUACAAGGAUAAAGAGUGCGUCUACUACUGCCACUUGGAUAUCAUCUGGAUCAACACUCCCGAGCACACUGUGCCCUAUGGAAUGUCAAGCUACAGAGGACCUCAGCGAAUCAAACGUGCUGUCAGUGGAGAAGCAACUGAUCGCGAAGAGGCAAAGACUCAGCGCUGCAUUUGUGCUGCGCUUGAUGCAGACCCUGAGUGCCAUGAUUUUUGCCUGUCAAGCCCCCUGCAGACAGUGCCAAUCAGGAGUCUCCACAGAGUCCCUGGUCCUGGAUGACAGUUUGAUACCUUUCCAUCGUCUGCUCUUCUUCUCUGGAGAAUGGACCCUUCCCUCCUCUUCACCCUCUUCCCUCUCCAUUUGCAGCUCUUGCCUUCAUAAGUACACAUUCAAGGAAAACACUUUGGAGUUUAACACUGUAAACAUUCCUCAGCAUCACAACUCUUGGAGCAAGUUCCAUCUGGCUCUGUGGUUUCAAGCACUCCUCGGCAAAUUCAAUACAGAUCCCUGGAGGCUAUCCCUUUUUUGUUCCCUCCUGAGUGCAGCAUGAGGAUUACUUCCACCCUGAAAUAGUAACCAUUGACUUGAUCAGACAAAUCCUUGUAUUCACACUUGGUAGUGUUGAGGACUACACUUGUUGAAAGCUUGUAUCAACCUAUAAGGGACAACAAAGGCAUUUCUAUGACAAUGUUGGAAAACAAAAAGUGCCACAUGGCAAAUAGCCAUGUAAAGUAGGAGCAAGGGAUGAUAUUGUGAUAUCUUGCCAUAAGAAUAUCGAAACAUGUGAACAAAAAAGGGGAAAUCUUUUGGCUUCCUGUGCUGUGCGGCAUAUUAUUGAGCUUUGAUUUGUGAGACUAUUUACAGUCAAGUCUGGAAAGCGUUCACAUCCUGACAUUAUUCUGUCUCAACACACUUUCAGCAGUAAUAUAUAAGUUGUGCUCUUUGCAAGCAAACUAUGAGUCAUAUUUGUUUUGGUUUUACCACUGGUACUCUAUGGAAACUGUAUGACAGCUUUAGCUGUAGUAAACUUUAUAAUGAGCCAUCCAUUGUUGUGUCCUGCCCAAAUUAGUCCAAAAACUUCCAUGUUGUAAUGUAAUAAAAAAGCAUGCAGACAUCCUAUCAUUAAAGCCGUUGCACUGAACUGUGGAAUACUUGUAUGUUAACAAGUAACCUUAUGAUGUACUUUUUUCAUUUUCAACAAAUCCCAUGAACAGACCAAAACCAGCAAUGAAUUGUUUCUAUUAGCAAGGAUUGCCUGUGCAGUCAAAGCCUUGUGUAUCUGAUUCCCCUGUGCAGAGCCCUAAAAAAUGAUGAAA